AUCACAUUACAGAAUUGACUAAAGCCCGAUACAAGCCCAAAAUAAGGUGUUUAUAACCCAAUUGAAAGCAAAAUCUUUUCGGCGUCAUCAACAAUUGCAUAAAGCUAUAGAAGGGGGCAACUGGCUUAGGGUUGCACUACAAGUUGACAACAAAUUACUGUGAAGGAGAGGAGUACGGAGACGUGUCCAUCACCGCCUUGGCACCGAUUUGAUUUGAUCUUGUGUUGCAGUGAUUUGUACGAGGAAGGUCAUAAUCUUCAUCAACAAACCAAAUUUGGAAGUUGCACGGGAGGGGGCCGAUCCUUCUUUUCUUCCAGCUCCUUGGAAUUUAUUUUUUCUGAAAUUGUUGUUUCCUGACGGUAUUAUUCCUUACACAACAGCAAUUUUCUCAACAAUAUCUCUCUUGUAUUUUUGUUGGGGUUGUUUAUGGUAUUCUCCUCACCUUUAGAGUCGGCCGCCCCUUAACGGUGAAAUAUCCGGGACCGAAAUCAAGUUAGGGCAAACCCCAGGUGGCUCCGCCUCUGUUAGCUUCUUUUAUCUUUCUGUAACUAAGAUGUUCAAGUUGGGUCACCUUCUGCGAUGGAGAUGAACUGCCAGUUGAAUAGGGACAGUGGGAAGAUUUCCCAAACUUGCAGCAUAAGUGGGACCUCGUACAAUGAUACGGGCCAUGGGCAUGGAACACCUGGGCAUGUGACUGGAUGGAUGUAUAUAAAUCAAGAUGGUAGGAUGUGUGGCCCUUAUAUUCCACAGCAGUUAUGCGAAGGUUUGUCUAGUGGCUUCUUGCCGGAGGAGCUCCCCGUUUAUCCCAUUGUGAAUGGAAAUUUUGUUAAUCCUGUGCCGCUCAAGUUCUUCAUUCAGUUUCCCGACCAUGUUCCGACAGGCUUUGUUCAUCUCAGUGUGGCUAUCCCUAGCAUAAAAGACACCACGAAUGAUAACCAUAGCCCCAAUCAGCUGAUGCCAAUAUCAGAGAAUACUGGCGUUAUUCCAAACUUGCCACAGCUCCUUGAAUUACAGCCAGGAGAUGAAUCUUGUUGGUUGUUUGAGGAUGAAAAGGGGAGUAAACAUGGACCGCAUUCUAUUAAUGAACUUUACUCAUGGUGUCACCAUGGAUAUCUGUGCAAUUCACAAAUGAUAUAUCAUACUAAUAAUAAGUUCAAACCCUUACGCUUGCAAGCAUUGCUAAAUACUUGGAGAACACCUGGACUUGGAACUGUGUUAGAUGCUGAAGGCCAGGAUACUGUCUCACUGCCCAACUUAGUGUCUGAGAUUUCUGAAGAAUUUUGCUCCCAGCUUCACUCUGGUGUCAUGAAAACUGCCCGUAGGACUGUGCUAGAUGAGAUUGUUAGCUGCAUAAUUUCAGAAUGUCUCGACAAGAAGAAAUUUCAGAAGAAUUAUAAGGUUGAACCGGUCCAUCAAUCUGUCAAAAUCUGCUCUUCGGAUGGCAAAAUGUUUGAAAAGUAUCUUGAGAGUAAAGAUUAUGUUGCUGUCGAUGACGUAGAAGUGUGUAGCACCGUUGAAAAGAUAUGUUCUAUUGGUGAAGCACCAAUUAGACCUCCUUCAAGCAUGAAAUCCAUUGGAAACUACGAGAACUUUUGCAGCACAUAUAUGAUUAUUUGCAGGACAUUUUAUGAUUCAUGUUUGCAACUCAUGUGGAAUGCUGUCUGCUAUGAUACUGUGGCAGACUAUGUUUCCACUUGGAGAAGAGCCAAACGCUGGUCCUCUCCUGUUUUAGUUGUUGAACCAGGCAAUCCACAUAAAAGGUUCUCUGAGCAGACUGACAGGAUACCUGCUGAUGAUCUACUACACAAACAAGAUUCUUUGUGCCCUUUGGAAGAUUGUCCGCCCGGAUUUGGACCGGUAAGUAUGGCACUGGAUGUACAAUCGCAGUCAAAGUUUGAACCAGGCAGUCCACAUAAAAAGUGCUUUGAGCAUAUUGCAGGGCUACCUGGUGGUGAUCUACUACAUGAACAAGAUUCUUUGUGCUCUUUGGAAGAUUGUCCACCCGGAUUUGGACCAUUGCUGCAUGGGCAAGAUUCUUCCUGCUCUAUGGUAGAUUGUCCGCCUGGAUUUGGACCAGCAAUUAAAGCACUGGAUGUCCAAUCUCGGUCACAGCUUGAACAAGGCAGUCCACAUGACAGGGGCUCUGAUCAGAUCGAAGAGCUACUUUCUGAUCUACCACACGAACAAGAUUCUUUGAUAUCUCCGGUAGAUUGUCCGCCCGGAUUUGAACCUAGAACUAUGGCAAUGGAUGUAGUGUCGCAGUCACACUUGGUUUCUUGGUCGUCUUAUAAUGAAAAGAAGUCGUAUAAGACAAAAUUUUUAAAUGCCAGCAAUCUUUAUGGCGUCAGGGAAUACAUCUUGGAAAGUGUAUUGAAUGAUCUGCAUUCAUCAGCAAAAGGAUCAUUAGUACAGUAUCUUGAAAACCUUGUGGAUGAGGAAGUGAGGAAAGUUGUCCAUAUUUCAAAUGAUACUUUCAAGGAUGAGUCUUUGCAGGUUUCCGCAGACUCCUACCUUCAUUACAAUCAUACAAGUGGCCAUGAUUCUUCAGGAGCUGUUGAUGGUUCAAAAUCAUUAUCAUCAGAUGAUCUCCAGAUUUCAUCGCACUUAACAGUACCGUCUAGUGGGAAUACCAUUAACAAUCUUGAUGUUUCUACUACACCUUUCUCUAAGUGUGCAUUUCAGAAAUUGCCAGUCCAUUCAGACCAUGCAAAUACUUUUGAAUUGGAUGAACUGUGCCCUCCUCAACCUGAGAAAAGUUUGGAACAUUAUGUUCCAUCACAUUUCUCCAAGGGUGUAUUUCAGAAAUUGCCCGUCCAUUUAAGCGAUACAUGUAAUAUGGAAGUUCUUGAUCAAUUGCGCCCACCUCAGCUAGAGAAAAAUAUGGAACAUUGUGUUGCAUCGCAAAAUUGUCAAUUACAGUUGGUUAAAUUGGAUGAGUGUACCUCCAAUGUCAAUUUCCAAGUUGCAUUGAUGAUGAGCCAGCAGAGAAUCCACGACAGUUUGCUGAGUAAAUUGAAGUUGUUGUUGGUUGAUGAUGCCAUUGAGAAAGCACUAAAAAUAUGGUGUUCUUCAAGGAGACAUGAAUCAUGCCGUGAUAAGGGUGCAGCAAAUAGAAUAAGCAAAGAGAAACCUGAUAAUAAGGAGAGAUCCUCCAAGUCAUCUCUACUAAACGGAAGUUAUAUUUGUUACCGCAAGAGAAAGUUCGGUGAGAAAAAGUCCGGGUCCUUUUUUGAGUCUCUCAUUGCAGGAAACAUUGUUUCCCAAAAAGAAUCUAUUGAAAAAUCAAACAAAGGUAAUAGUCUCAAAAAUGUUUCUGGGAGCAAAAAAGUUAAAAAUACGCUUCUGAAUCAUCCAGAGAAGACGCGGACAGAAAAUCAGAGUAGAAAGUCUUUCGUUGAUGCUGAUUUGCUUGGGUCAAGUUCACCGUCCCUCCAUAUUCCCAAUAGAAAGUCACAAAAAGUCGCUGAUGUUAAAGACAAAUCAAGUUGUAGGACACAGAAAACUUCCUUUUCCCCUGUGGACCAAACUAAUAGUGAGAGGAUCACCAAUGAGAAGAGCCGGGGAUCGGACAUACUGGAAAUUCAGGCUACAAAUUGCACCAAAAAAGCAUCAAAAUCGACUAAGGUUACAAAACUUAAAAGGAAGGAACCCAUUGAUGAUGCACCACCAGCUAGAUCUAAAAAAGUUCAGAAACUAGCUAAUAGCUCCACCAAGCAAACAGCAUGUAAAAAAAUUGUUGUACAAAAGAUCAAAAGAAGUAAACCUAGGCCAAUGAGACCCUGUCCCCAAUCCGAUGGUUGUGCUCGUUCAUCUAUUGAUGGUUGGGAAUGGCAUAAAUGGUCUCUUAAUGCAAGUCCUGCUGAAAGGGCGCGCAUAAGGAGCAUAUAUUUUCGCUCUCAACAUAUCAGCUUAGAUGGUAAUGGUCUUCAGCUGUCAAAUGUUAAGGGACUCUCUGCUAGAACAAAUAGGGUCAAGCUACGCAAUCUUCUUGCUGCUGCUGAGGGUGCUGAUCUUUUGAAAGCGACCCAGUUAAAGGCAAGAAAAAAGCGUUUGCGCUUUCAAAGGAGCAAGAUACAUGACUGGGGGAUUGUAGCACUGGAGCCAAUUGAAGCAGAGGACUUUGUCAUUGAAUAUGUUGGAGAACUUGUUCGUCCUCGCAUAUCUGAUAUCCGCGAGCGUCAGUAUGAAAAGAUGGGAAUUGGGAGCAGUUAUCUUUUUAGACUGGAUGAUGGUUAUGUGGUUGAUGCCACAAAGCGUGGAGGGAUUGCUAGAUUCAUAAACCAUUCUUGUGAGCCCAAUUGCUAUACCAAGGUCAUAACUGUCGAUGGUCAGAAAAAAAUUUUCAUAUAUGCGAAGCGGCAUAUAGCUGCUGGUGAAGAAAUCACUUACAAUUACAAGUUUCCAUUGGAGGAGAAAAAGAUACCUUGCAACUGUGGUUCUAAGAGGUGUCGUGGGUCAUUGAACUGAGAAGCCAAAUGAUUGUCUUCUGAUUUCCAACUAGAGGUGCCACUGAAAAGAAGCUCUUUUCCCAGGUUGACAUCGAAGCAUUACAAUUUUGGAACUCCGAGGUUCCAAGUUCUGUGGCUGAAAGUUGUCUCAAGGUUUUUCGACUUGCAGCAAAUUUCCGCUGACAGUUAUCACUUUUAUUUUUCAUCACUCAGUUGAAGCAGCAAAUGCCCUGGUGACAUGAUUUGAAAUUUCCACUAUUGAGUAUUUUGUCCCAUGUCACUAAUCGAGGAUGUCGAAUAUUGAUCCAGCCCCAUGGGCAUAUUUUUGUAGAUAUAUCUAAGUCGCAGAUUGCGGAGGAAGAAGCAAACUAGUGUGUAGAUAUGCAAAAUGCUAAGUGGAUGUUUUUCGAGGCGUUCUGGUAUGUGUCUUCUACUACUUUAUAUGCCACCGCCUUGCCCCAGGUACACCCAUCAUCUUCCUCACAGUAAACCCAGCUAAAAUUUUUAAGCUUGUUCCGAAUAUCCAUCGAAAUUUUUAAAAAAUUUCAUCGAGGGUAAAUUCAAAGAAGCUUAUCACAAGAACGGAAACCUCACCCGAACAGGUGUUAAGAAACUAACUUGGAUUGCUCAAGUUAUUGUCGGUGGUAUUCGCCAAUGGAAUCGAGCCUACAUUUAGGUUGGAAGCACUGGAUUGGCCAAGUAACUAUUGGCACUUGUCAAAUGAAUCGAGCGUACGUUGAGGUUUUAAGUAAUCUCGUCCCUCUUUCUUACUGAGACGGCAACCCAUUUGAUUUUACUCUGUUAUGGCACCUCAAUGCACCAGCUCGCAAAAACGCCGUUUCUUCUCAAUAGUAAAGAAAUUUUUUUAGUGGAUUAACACGACCAAAUUUUUACUGUGGGUGGAGAUAUUAGUAGAGCUGGCACAUCGGGUUAUUUAAAAUAUGCAGAUUUUAGAACUGAAAAUGCAUCACAAGAAAUGACGUAAAUCUUACAAAUUGGAAUAAUCCCAAAAUUUUUGGCCAUUGGCCAUGACGAAAGCCAUGAGCAUUGAAAAGUUGUCGAGCAUAAUUACAAGUAAAAGAUGAGAUUAUUUUGGACCAUCCUUAGCUCAAAUGGAAGAGUGGAAAGGGUUGAGCCGAAACUAGGACACGAAUCCUCAAAUUUCGCUGCCGGUUCGAAUCCAGCACUUUGGAAAUACUUAAUUUUUACUGUUUAAUUUUUUAGAUUGCUGCUUUAAUGUAACUAUGAAUUUUUGUAACAGCUGCCUUUGAACCAUUUUACUUUAGACUAGGAAAGUUGUUAUAGGUAUCAUAGACGAGAGAAGCAGGUAAUUUAGUGGGUUUUAGGAUUUUCUCUCUGCUUGUCCUUUGAUCAUGCAACUAUGAGGACACGUGAAAAUAUGGGGGAGUGUAAACACAAAUAAACAAUAAAUAAAUAGAUAAAUAAAAAUAAAAGAAUAACGAAGUAAGAUUUCGUACUUUAAAUACAACACGUUGGAAGAAUUUUUUUAUUUUUUUUUAUUUUAGUUCCUAGUAUUUAUGGGCUCUUGUUUUUUUUCUUGAUAAAUUUACGUUCGUAUAUGUCACAAUAAAAUGAUAGGAAUCAAACAACUUAUUCUGAUCCCCAGAACUUUGGUCAUUUAAUAAAAAAAUGUUGGUUAUAAUGCUUUAAUUAGUGAUGUUAAUCUUAUGCAAUUACACAAGAUAAUUCUCAUCUCUUUGAUCCAAAAGUAUAUUCAGACUUAAAAUCUCUGUAUGCUUGUAGAAAUGUACACAUCAUAUGCUUAGAUGUUUUGAGAUUUUCCAUUUAACCUAUAAUUAACUUUUGAAAAUUCUAAUAUUUCAAAAAGAAAACCGUGUUAGAUUCGAAUUGAUAACUUAUUAGAGAUUGCAUUUAGACUCACAAACUUGUGUUGGAAUUCAAUUCAGUUGACAAUGACCAAAAAACGAGAUUACUGAAUCCCAUUUAGGUCCAAUUUCAGAUUAUUGGUAACGUUUCCAUGGCUAAAGGUAGAGGUUCAGGGCAAAUUUAACACAUUUGAUGAAUGUGAAGUCGUACCUCUUCUCGAAAUUAAGAAGAGAAAUUUAUGUUGCUUUACAAUGAAAUUGAUGUUAGGAAACAACUUUGAAAGUACAAUUACUAAACAAUUUUUCCACUUUAAAUCACAAUUACUAAUUACCUGGUUAUCAUGUGUUAGUAUUUUGGAAUCUCCAAUAUCAUGGCUUCUUUGACUUGUCAAAUCUACGUUGACCAUUUUAAGGAUGACUUGUCAUAACCUUAGAUUAAGCUUAGGAUGAUAGCUUCCAAUAGAUUAAGCCUAUAGGAGUUGAUCAGUGUUGUCCUCUUCCAAUACCGAGUAGUUGCAUUCAUGUGCCUACUUUGCUGCUUUUUGUUGCUUUUGCGAGCCUAUGUUGCUGCAUUGGGGUGCCAACGUCCACACUCGUUGCUACAUUGGGUUGUCGACGUGUGCUUGCUUUUUCGCCUCGGGCUUCCGAUGUGUGCCUAUAUUGCCUCAUUUGGUUGUCUACCUGCAUCGAGGUGCAUUUGUGUGCCUUUGUUGAUAUGUCGAGGUGCAUUCUUGUGCCAUACCUGCAUUUUAGUUGCACCGAGUCCAUUGGCGAACUUGCAUUGUUGCACUUGGAUGAAUUCCCUUGCCUAUGUUGUUGCAUUGAGGUGCUAACUUGUGCCUACAUUGUGAUGUCGCGUGUGCUUGCAUUAAGGUGCUAGUGUGUGCCUACUUUAAUUGAUUAGGGAGCAUUGAUAUGCAAUUUCAUAUUAAGACGUCAACAUUGUUAAGAGCAGUAGUAGCUAACGCCUUUUAGUUAUAGUUUUUUAUAUUUAAUCAAUGUAAGAUUUAUCCUUUAAUAGGUUCAUGUAAGAUGUUUGCUCGUCUGAAAACCAGUCUUGAAAUUCGAUAGCAUGCUUAAGUUUUACACAGUUCGAUUUAUCGCUCGAUUGAACAUUAUGGCCUUGAUACAAUAUUAGUUAUAGAGUUUUUAGAUUAAGUUGUUCAACAUGGUAACAGAAUAUAUGUCUUGAGUCAAGUUUCGUC